GUCCGAUGUUUCGAGAAGAGAACUUCGCCAUAAAAGACUGCGACAAUGGCGGAUCGUCAGUUUCAUUCGAUGCCUUACACACAUACGAAUCAAAGAAACGACCCUUUACCUGCCGGCUGGGAAAUGAAAUUCGAUAGUAAUUCUGGGUGGCCUUACUUCAUUGACCACAACACUAAGAAUACCACUUGGCAAGAUCCACGUCAGAUGAUGGUAAGUUUAAUAUUGUAUACUGUAUAGUCUUAUUUUAAAAUUAAUUGUUAAUACUCGUUCUAGCUCUCUCGUCAUGUUCUAAAUUAAAUCCAGUUCUUUAAAUUGCUGUAAGAGUAGGGAGGCAGGAUUUUUCAAAACAUUUACACCGGCGUCUAGUCUUUGUUCACUUGGUUAAAAUUUAAGAUGAAGAUAGGCGUGAGAGUUAAAUUUGAUUAGCUUACAACUAAAACUUACAGUUUAAAGUAUUUUUAUUUACAUUUUUUAAUGGGCCAUAGUAUGAGUAUUGAGUAUAGCAUUAAGCAGCACUUUGAAUUUGUAUGUGGCCUACCAGUACUCAAUACUAUUUUUAUGCGAUUGAUAGAGUUGUCAUGGUGUGCCAGCGUUCAGGAUAGCAGAAUUCAGUAAGCUUAUUUCAGUUUAGUGUGUGAAAUCAGAGUUCAGGAUAGCAUAAGUCAGUAUAAGCUUAUUAUUUGAGUUAAGUGUGUGAAAUCUACUAAGUACCGGUAUUGUUAGGAUAGGUAGGCUUAUCAUUUCAUCUUACAAUACUUAUUGUUACUAUCAAAAGUAUACAAUGUUACAUCCCUGUGCCUAGUUAUUAGUCUUAAAGGCCUACACUGGUUUGUUUGAUUCCCAUCUGUUGAUUGGAGUAAUUGGAAUGUUGUUUAUAAUACCGGUACUAAUAAUGGAGAUUGUCAUAUAUUUUUUUUACUAAAGGUGUGGUUAUUAAAAGCUUAUGUGAUAUAAAAUUUGCAAAAUCCUAACCUUUUUUUUUUUUUAAAUAAAUUUCAGGGCCAUUAUACAUAUCCUUUACCAAGCUACAGAUUUGGGUCAGAGGGUAAAACUGUGGAAAUUCCUGUACAUUAUCAAGGAGGACUUGAACCUGAAUGUUGUUUAUAAUACCGGUACUAAUAAUGGAGAUUGUCAUAUAUUUUUUUUACUAAAGGUGUGGUUAUUAAAAGCUUAUGUGAUAUAAAAUUUGCAAAAUCCUAACCUUUUUUUUUUUUAAAUAAAUUUCAGGGCCAUUAUACAUAUCCUUUACCAAGCUACAGAUUUGGGUCAGAGGGUAAAACUGUGGAAAUUCCUGUACAUUAUCAAGGAGGACUUGAACCACAACGACAGCCUUUUCAGGAGCCAACUCAACACACUGGAAAUCAUAAUUUGAGUUAUCCACAUCCUAGUCAGUCCCCACAGACCUCAUCUGCUGUACCAAGAAAGCGAGGAGAUGUUUGGGAGAUUCCUAUUCAACAUGUAGGACAAAGCCCUGCCAAUCCGCCAUUGCGCCAGCAGCAGCCACAACAGCAGCAAGCACCUUUUAUGCAGUAUCCUUAUCCUACAGGUUCUGAUUAUUCAUCUCAAUCACCACAUCCUGGAAAUCAGCGUGCAACAGUUAACAUCCCCAUUAUUCGUGAAAAUAACCGAGGACCUAGUCCUUCUAGGGCUGGACCACACCCAAUGUCAGGGACACAGAGUCCUCGUAGCGCUAGCCCUCAUCCAGAUUUUUCACAGGCUAUUCCAACUUCAGCGCAAGUGCCACAGUUUCAACAACAACGCUCUCAAGAGCCUAAACCAGAUUAUGAGUCAGAUCCACGCCCUUCAACACAACAAGAAGAAUCUCAAGAUUCUGCCCCACAACCAUGUGAGGUAGAAGCCUUACAGCCUCCUAAGAGUCAAGAAGAAAAGGCUUUUGAGAUCAUAAAUAGUGUCAUGAAUGCCGUAAAGUCUUUAGAAGGUGAAGUGAAUUCAUUUCAGGGCAUCAAAAAGGAUAAACAGUAUCGCUUCAUAGAAGAGAUGCUGACUAGAAAUCUCUUGAAGUUGGACUCUGUAGAGGCUGGAGAUUUGGAAAAUGUACGACAAGCUAGAAGACAAGCAGUACGAUAUAUUGAAGCUGCAAUUGAUUUACUAGAACUUAAAGCAGUGGCCUCUGAGGCCAAUUAUGGCGAAACAUCACAGGGGACUGUUGGUCCAAACCAAAACACUGAAAUGAAUAAUUCUUCUGCAACACCACAGGCUGCCAGCCAGCAGCAAGGAGUCCAUACAAAAAGGGACCCUUGUAGUGUAAAAGAAAUGCAAUUGGAUAGUGAAGUACCAUGUUAGCUCCUUAAGUCAUAAUGCUGUGAUAACUCAUUUGUAAUUCCUUAUAAUAAUUUCCACUGCAACCGCUUUUGUUUUUAAAAAAUUCUAUACAAGAGUUUUCAAAUAAAUCUGAUAGGUUUUUUUUCCUAACCCAAUCUGAUAUUUUUUAGUGUAAGUUUUGUAUCUCAUUCUCUCUUAACAAUUCAAGGUUUUCUAUUUAUUAAACUUAUAGGUAAUAUGUACAAAUAAAUUAGUUUUCCAAUACUUUAAAAGUGUUUUUUAAAUUGUUAUAUUGUUUAUUAAUAUUUCAAUGUUACCUUUUUUUUUACCAUAUCUUAAUUAAGUUUAUAGUGAAGCAAUAUGCCAAAAUAAUUAGCUAGUUAAUUUUUUUUUACAUUUGUAAUGUUCAUUCCUUUUAUGAUUAACUCCUAAACCCAAUGGAUACCUGUUUUACCUUUUUUGCUUUGAACACACAAAUAAGUUAACAAGUAGAAAUUUAAAAAAGCAAUUAACUAAUAAAUUUUGUAUAAACCAUUACAAAUAGCUUACAACGGAUAACAUACUUCUCUACCCAAAUCAGAUUAAUAGAAUUAGAAUUCAAUGUAUACCGGUACCAGUGAAAUAUCUGUGAGACUCAUUAUCAGGUUGUGAUAUUUUGUUCCACUCCUAUGUUUUCUGAUUUUAAGAUGAUUUUUUCCCACAACUUAACUUUGCAUUACUUUAGUUGAAACUAAGAAUGCAGAAUUAUGAGGGCAUUUUUGUUUGAGUGUUUGUUGGAUUUGGGAAAUCAUUUGAAUCUUUGUAGAGGCAAAAGGAAAACUUGUUCCUGCAAGAUUCAAAUAUUGUUAUCCUGUGAUAAAUAUUUCAUUGCUUGCAUUUCAUAUUUGUGAGGUCCAAAUUAUUAAAAACUUAGUUUACCAGAAAAUUAGGUACCGGUAUUGGAUGUCAACUAAAUUGGUUUUCCAGUUUUAAGGGAACCGUAAUAAAAAUAAUUUUAUGGCAGUCUUAAUGAUAUUCUCUGGUCUAAUUGGGACAGUCAGAAGUUGAAUUUUAGAGUAGCCUUGCCUUAUCAUUUAGACACAUUUAUUAAUUUACGAAUAGUUAACUCAUAUUUACAUAACUGAUCUUGCAUUUUAAAAAUAAUCUUUGGUAAAAAAAAAAAAAAUGAAUUGGCUCAUUUAGUCUAUUCUUGUAACUGCAGUUAUUUAAAUUAAUGAUUGUGUAUAUUUGUUAAAGUUUUCAUUUUUAUAACAUUUCUAUUUGACAUUUUAAAAAUUGUUGGGUGGAUAAUGGCUAAUUUUUAAAAUGUCAUAAUCCUAAUUUUUAAAUAGUAAUUUAAUCCAUUGGGUUAGAACCAUGUAUUGGUUAGCCUCAACAUAUCUGUUUAGAGUUGUAAACUAUGUCCUGAAUAGUAUUAACAUAAUUAAAUAUUGGCAUUGGGAUAUCAACAUGAUUCUGUUUUUGCAGAACUAUACAUACAAAACUAUAUUAUUAUCUGGUGGGUGGGGUAGUUCUAUAAUAACAUGGUGGGUGGGGUAUUUUUAUUAUUUUUUCUUGACAAGUACAAAGUCCAUUAUAACCUCCCAUUCAUACUGCUUUAUGUAUUAGAAUACAACUUAUCAAAAUAUUUGUUGGGAAAUGAUAAUGUGUAGAAUAUUGAAUUCCUCUCUUGGUUGCAUUGUGUGCGCCAUCAGUGCUUAUAUGCAUGAGGAAACUCUUGCCCGAAUUGAUGUAAUUAUUUAAAAGUAGAGAACUCAUUUGGCUAUGGCGCUGUACAUAUGUAAAUCUUGAAGAAUGACAGUUGAUGCUAAUGCUAGUGGAUGAAGUGAUGGGUGGUGCCUGUGUAUUUGUAUUAAUUUAUUUAUCUGCUUUAUGGGUGCUCUGUGCAUAUAAUUUAGUCAUUUAAUUUGUGUUUGUGUUAUAACACCAGUAGUAGAUAUCAUGGAUAUUGUAAUUCUCAUGUGGAAUUAAACAAAGCUAUACCUUUUUCAA